UUUUUUUCGUGCAUCCCUGCGUUGAGUUGAACGUAAAUGUUGAACGCAAAGUUGAACAAUGCAAACACUGCUUUAGUUUCCGUCAAAUUUGUCUAGUAGGGAAGCUCAUCUCAAAUUUAUUUUUCUAUUCGUACUGUACCUGCUUUUAUUCGUACUAAAGAUGCCGUCUCGCGGAAGUAAAAUAUGCAAAUAGUGCAACGGUUUGACAGCUAAAGCGGAAAUGUUCUUCGAGGAGAUAGAAAUCAGCAAUAUACUUGACUGUGCUCAUGUGAAGCUACAUUUCAGACAAAGACAAAGCACGGUUUACAUUGUACAAGGAGGUUAUAAUUGCCCAGUCCGCCGUGCCGUUAGCGCCGCAGUUAAAUUUAUCUGUAGCGGCCAAUAUGCAUGCAUUGAAUCACUAGUUAGUUUCAAAAAUCUACAUGAAGGCUAUGUCCGUGUAGUACUACUCAUUCCGAAAGGAGUUGCUGAAAAAACCACUCAUAUUUCUACAGCGUCGAUGGGCAGCCAUGAUGUCGAAAGUGAUAGUGAUAGUGAUGUACCAUGUACAUCACGACAAGCGCUGGCUCGAGAACAAAGGCGAAAGCUUCGUCGACAACGUAACGUGCAGUUGCUUGAAACACGCCAACAACAAUUUCAAAAAGUUGAGGCUCUGCGUGACUUCCGCUGUAGUCCAGAGUUGAUCGAAUAUACCGUUGAUGAUGGAGUGAAGCAAAAGUGCAGUAUAUACGCUUUCCAGGGAAAAUUUCACACAAAUAUCGACUAUAUUUUGCAACAACCACAGGUAUCAUGCCACGCAUUUACUGGCAACUGGUUGCAAUUUAUUACUACGAAAUUAAAUGGGUGCAUGAAUCGAGACGAAAAAAUUGCAAAAUUGUUUGGAUGUUUUGUAAAACUAUUUUUAAAAAACCACUACAACGAACGUGAUUUACUGCCCAAGUUAACAACUUGUUGCAUUAUUGGGCAAACGGCUUUGGACGUAAUGUUAGCUGCGGAUGCUUUGAAGAUUUUCAAUGAUGUACGCGUUGCUUUUGAAUAUAUUACGUGUCUGGAGUACACAGUUUGGUUUUUAAUCCCAUACAAAGGACGUUAUGUGUCGGUGGAAGAAGUGAGUGGAGAAAAUUUUAAAUUCGAGAAUAUUUACACGUGCAUAAAAUUGAAAACGGAAAAUCAAAAUACGUGCAGAGAGUAUAUAUGGUCCGAUGCUCAGCGCGUAGUUCAAGAUCUGUUAUUUAUCGCAUUUCAAUUGGUAAUGUGUUUUCACCUCAAAAGUGGUAUAGUAUAUUUGCAAGAAGAACUCAAUUCAGUUAAGGAUUAUCAAAUUAUGCAAUUAGUAAUUACAGCUCACUUGCAAAAUAAUGGAAGCGACAUAAAUUUUUGGCCCCAAAAAAAUUACUUACAGCGGAUAAUAGAGGCUUGCAACAAAAUGCGAAUUACCGCCAUCAUUGACUACCCUGGAGGUUUACCAGUAGCACCCAUAAAUGGAAAUUUAAUAAAAUGUUUCAAGGACCAAAUAACUGGUAAAUGGGGUUUGAAAGUCGUGAACAAUGCUAGUUCUUGCGGAGCACAACAAUUAAUCAAAACACUGGAAGAGGGUUUGAAAGAUUAUCAACCGUAACCGUAAGUUAUGUAUUAAAAAAAAAAACGUUUUUGUUGUAAUAUAAAGGUGACUGCAAAAUUUUUUAUAAUUGUCUAUUUUUAUUUCGAAACAGUGUAAACUGUGUAAAGGCUUAGACCGAAAAUAAUCGUCAUGUAACAGCGGUGGGCGGAGCGUUUUCUGCUGCCUAGCGUUAACGCCGAAGUGUCAUACCUAAACAAAGCGGCCACGCUACGUCAAAUGUAGAAAUAACAACAACAAUACUUAACAGUUUCGUCGUUUUCUGAAGCCAACUUCAUCUCUUCACUCUCUGUCAAAUGCGGAUUUUCCGAUUGAUCAUCAUUGACGCUUCUUCAU